CGAGGUCUGUACGGAAUCCUAAACCGGCCCCAAUUUACAUCCAUUCAUGAAUCUGUGACGUCAGCAAGCCUCCGGGCUCCUCUGCGGUGGGCUGGAGGACUGUGUAGGUGGAAUCCCUCUCCCUUUGCUCUUGCCGAUUCCGCCUGGCUUUCUAAACCCACCUUCCAUCUUUUAAAAGCAAGAACAUGGGGCGGAAUGUGUAGGAAUUCUUCAUCGUUAAUGAUCUCAGGUGCUCUUUCAGGCUUCAUGCAAGACCUCAAAGAAGGAUUCUAACUAAGGAAGCCCCUCUGACUAAAUGUCUUUGUAUACACCUGAGGUUUGCUGAAGCCUCUGCCCAGCCCCAUAUCAUCCAUCGUUGGGGGCAUUACGUUGGCUGUUGACAGGGCAGUACCUUCCCUGCAGGUAACAGCACCCUCGCGCCUGUGGGAACUCUGCUCUGAGAAUCCCCUAAGCGUCCUCCCAGGACCUGGGGUACACUCAUGGCACCAUGGCUGACUCUCAGGAGCCCCUGAGCCGCUCCCCGUCCACACACGCGCCCUUGAGUGAAAACAAAACGUCCAGUGCACUCAGGGAUGAAUUUUCACCUCCGGGAACCCACCACCCGUCUCCACAAUUGCUAAAGGACCAGCAAGAAAAGGAAGCAGGGCCCACAGAUACAGCCGAGAGCACGGGCAGCCCCACCACCACGACGGUGCUGACAAGCGUCAGCGAGGAUGCCAGGGACCAGUUUGAGAACAGCGUUCUGCAGCUCCGGGAACACGAUGAUGCUGAGCCCAACACAUCCCAGGGGAACGGGCACCCGGUGGACAGAGAGAGCACGGGCGGGGCUGAGGACAUCAAGAUUCAGUUCAGCAGGUCGGGUAGCGGCAGUGGGGGCUUUCUUGAGGGGCUCUUCGGCUGCUUAAGGCCCGUCUGGAACAUCAUCGGGAAGGCCUAUUCCACCGACUAUAAGUUACAGCAGCAAGAUACUUGGGAAGUACCAUUUGAGGAGAUCUCAGAGCUGCAGUGGCUGGGUAGUGGAGCCCAAGGAGCUGUCUUCCUAGGAAAGUUCCGAGCGGAGGAGGUGGCCAUCAAGAAAGUGAGAGAACAGAAUGAGACGGAUAUCAAGCAUUUGAGGAAGUUAAAACACCCUAACAUCAUCGCUUUCAAGGGUGUUUGUACUCAGGCCCCAUGUUACUGUAUCAUCAUGGAAUACUGUGCCCAUGGACAACUCUACGAGGUUUUGCGAGCUGGCCGAAAGAUCACUCCUCGACUGCUGGUAGACUGGUCCACAGGGAUUGCCAGUGGGAUGAAUUAUUUGCACCUCCACAAAAUUAUCCAUCGUGAUCUCAAAUCGCCCAAUGUUUUAGUGACUCACACAGAUGCAGUCAAAAUUUCCGAUUUUGGUACAUCCAAGGAACUCAGUGAUAAAAGUACCAAGAUGUCCUUUGCUGGCACAGUUGCAUGGAUGGCGCCAGAGGUGAUCCGGAAUGAACCUGUCUCCGAGAAAGUCGAUAUAUGGUCUUUUGGAGUGGUGCUGUGGGAGCUGCUGACAGGAGAGAUCCCUUACAAAGAUGUAGAUUCUUCAGCCAUCAUUUGGGGUGUUGGAAGCAAUAGCCUACACCUUCCAGUUCCUUCCACUUGCCCUGAUGGUUUCAAAAUCCUUAUGAAACAAACAUGGCAGAGUAAACCUCGCAACCGACCUUCUUUUCGGCAGACACUCAUGCAUUUAGACAUUGCAUCUGCAGAUGUGCUUGCCACCCCACAGGAAACAUACUUCAAGUCUCAGGCUGAAUGGAGAGAAGAGGUGAAAAAACAUUUUGAGAAGAUAAAAAGCGAAGGAACUUGCAUACACCGCUUAGAUGAAGAACUGAUUCGAAGGCGCCGAGAAGAACUCAGGCAUGCUUUGGAUAUUCGUGAACAUUAUGAGCGGAAACUUGAGCGUGCUAAUAAUUUAUACAUGGAGCUAAGUGCCAUCAUGCUGCAGCUAGAAAUGCGGGAGAAGGAGCUGAUCAAGCGUGAGCAAGCUGUAGAGAAAAAGUACCCUGGGACCUAUAAAAGACACCCCGUGCGUCCAAUAAUCCACCCAAAUGCCAUGGAGAAGCUCAUGAAGAGGAAAGGCGUACCCCACAAACCCGGAGCACAGACCAAACGGCCAGAUUUGUUGCGAUCCGAAGGCAUUCCAAGUGUGGAGAUGGCCCCCACUGUAUCCCCUUUGUCCGGAAGUCCCAAGAUGUCCUCCUCUAGCAGCAAGAGCCGCUAUCGGAGCAAACCACGUCACCGCCGAGGCAACAGCAGAGGCAGCCACAGUGACUUUGCAGCCAUCUUGAAAAACCAGCCAGCCCAGGAAAGUUCACCUCAUUCACCUUCUCUCCACUCAGCCCCAUCCCAGUAUCCUUCUCCCCAGCCACCGCAGUACCAGCACCCCUCUCCUGCCACAUCCCAGAGCCACCAUCCCAGACUCAACAUGCAUGGCCAGGACAUUGCGACUUGUGCUAACAACCUGAGGUAUUUUGGUCCAGCAGCAGCCCUGCGGAGCCCACUUAGCAACCAUGCUCAGAGACAGAUGCCUGGCUCCAGCCCUGACCUUAUCUCCACAGCCAUGGCUGCAGAUUGCUGGAGAAGUUCUGAGCUGGACAAGGGUCAGGCUGGCCACUGGGGCUGUUGUCAGGCUGACCACUAUGACCCCUACCUCCAACGCAGGCCAGAACAGUAUGGGUCCCUAGAAGCACCCUUGACUGAGCCAGUGCGGAGAAGCCCCGACCUUUUCACAUCACCAGCAACCAGUUCCCUCUUGGAAAAUACCCGUGCUUCCGAAAAAAUGGAAGAGAGUGAAUUCAACAGCUGCAGGUCGGCCUCAUCCCUUGGCCUUGCUCAUCACAACACCCCCCCAGUGCUACCUCGAAAAUCAAGGCCUCUACAGAAGAGUGGAGAUGACUCCUCUGAAGAGGAAGAAGGGGAAGUAGAUAGUGAAGUUGAAUUUCCAAGAAGACAGAGGCCUCAUCGCUGUAUCAGCAGCUGCCAGUCCUAUUCCACCUUUAGCUCUGAGAACUUCUCUGUGUCUGAUGGAGAGGAGGGAAAUACCAGUGACCACUCCAACAGUCCUGACGAGUUAGCUAACAAGCUUGAAGACCGCCUGGCUGAGAAGCUCGAUGACCUGCUCUCCCAGACACCCGACAUCCCCAUUGACAUCUCCUCACAUUCCGACGGGCUCUCUGACAAGGAGUGUGCUGUGCGCCGGGUCAAGACACAGAUGUCUCUGGGCAAACUGUGCAUGGAGGAACGUGGCUAUGAGAACCCUCUGCAGUUUGAAGACUCGGACUGUGACUCUUCCGAUGGGGAAUGUUCUGACGCCACAGUCAGGACCAAUAAGCACUACAGCUCCGCUACGUGGUAAUGAGAGGAUGCCCUUAAAGAAGAGCUCCUGGAUCAACUGGCAUUUCAGACCCAUCCCACACCCAAACUCUUUUCACUCUCUCCUUGCUUUCUUGUCUGGGAAGAGAGCUGCCCUUUCUUUCUCACCCCUAGAAAUGAGCUGCAAUAACAGGAAUAUGAGACUUCACAAAUCUCUGGAAAAAAAAAUCCAAAUGAAAUCAAGUCUCACUGAACAUUUCAAUCAAGAAUGGCAGGGAUCUAUUUUAUUGAAUAUUCUAGCUACUGUAACAUUGAUAUUUAUUUUUGUUCGGCAUUUUAACACUUUGUACUGUAAAGAGUGAACUAUAUUAUGAUAGAGAGAGAAUAAUUUCUUGCAAAAAAAGAGAGAGAAAAGAAGGAAGAAUAGAAAGAAGUGGAAUUUAGGAGAAAAUCUUUGAGAAUUUGUGGGGCCAGGAGGCCUUAUUGCUACGUAAACAAGGGACCAGUGUUCUUUUGGCCAUUAAGUGACUGAAGAGCCAGAGCAAGACAUUCUUGAGUAUUUUAGAAAACAAAGAACAUAAAAGAAAAAUAAAUUUCAGGUACCUUACGAACAGAUCACAUUAAAUUUAACCAGCUUGUCCAUAUGGAGAAUCAAAAUGACCCUGAAACAUUUGGUGACCAGAUAUUUGUAUCUAAGGUUUUUGAGGGCCUGUGUUUCAUCUACAAGGAAAAGAAAACUGUGUAUGUGAAAGCUGACUUUAUUUUUUAAAACAUAAAAGCAGCAUUCAGUAGUGAGACUUCCAGAUAGUGUCAAACCUUGACCUUGACCAACAUGUCCCUUUUUAAUUCUGUCAUUGUCAUUUUUAGGACCAAUAUGUUACCUAAUGUGUUGAUUUUUCAGACUCAAGUGCCAUUGUCUUUUUUGUUUUUGUUUUUGUUUUGUUUGUGGGCCAUACCCAGUAGCAUUCAGAGGUUACUCCUGGCUCUGCUUUCAGAAAUUGCUCCUGGCAGGCUUGGGGGACCAUAUGGGAUGCUGGAGAUUGAACCCAGGUCAGUCCAAGACUGGCCAAAUGCUAGGCAAAUACCGUAUCAAUGGCCCAGUCUUCUAGUUUAUUUCCUUGCCACUUGUCAACCUGUUUUUUUAGUGAGCACAGGGAGAAGACUGAGAGAUUAAGAGAUUGAGAGAGAGAGAGAGAGAGAGAGAGAGAGAGAGAGAGAGAGAGAGAGAAGGAUAGGAGAACAAGAAAA